AUGAAAAGAGUUUGUGUUAUUGGUGGUGGUCCAACAGGACUUGCUGCUGUUAAGUCUCUUAAUAUGGAACCUAAUUGUAAGUUUGCCAUUGAUUUGUUUGAUAUUAGAUCUAAUUAUGGAGGUGUUUGGAAUUAUUUCGGUGAAAAGACCAAUUUCUUCAAUGAUAAAGAUAUAGACCAACGCAAGGAAUAUAACUACUCUCCCAUCUAUAGAGAUUUAGAAACUAAUAUCGUCAGACAAUUGAUGAGUUAUUCAGGUUUAGAAUUUGAAUCUCCCAAUUCAUUUCCUAGACAUUUUGAAGUUUUGGCCUACUUAAGGAAAUAUGCCAAAACCAUUGGUUCAUACAAUGCGUUCACCAGAACCAAGGUUACCAGUGUUGAUAAGAAAGAUAGUGUUUGGGAAGUAGAAUAUCAAGAUUUGGCAACCAAUACCUUCAAAUCUGGUACUUAUGAUUUUGUUAUAGUUGCAAAUGGACACUUCGAGAAACCCUUUACACCCGGGAUUCCAGGCUUAGCUGAUUGGGCACUGAAAGACCCUGCUGGUGCAAUUCAUGCUAAGUUCUUCGAUGAUAUUCAAUUGUAUAAGGAUAAGACUGUGGUUGUAGUAGGUGGUUCAUCAAGUGGUUCAGAUAUUGCUUUGCACUUAUCUAAAGUUGCAAAAAAAAUUUAUGUAUCCAUCAAAGAAGGAGAAUUGUUUGGAGAGUUCGAUAGUGAAACACCUUUUGUUGAUAGAAUCACUGAAAUUGCUUCUGUUGAUUAUGAGACAAAAUCCAUCACUUUGAAAUCAGGCCAGAUGAUUCUGGUUGAUGCAAUUAUUACUGCUACUGGUUAUUUCUAUGAUUUACCUUUCAUGAAGUUGGAUUUGUGUCAUGAUACAUAUAUUAGUGAUGUCUACCAACAAAUGUUUUACAUUCCUGACCCCAGUCUUAGUUUCACUGGAUUACUCAAGAACGUAAAACCUUUUCCCUUAUCUGAACUUCAAGGUAGUGUAAUUGCCAGAGUUUAUAGUGGCAGAUUGAAAUUACCAUCCAAAGAAGAGAUGUAUGAAGCUUAUAGAAACGAGCUUGAAUCCACUGGAGAAAAAGGAUUUCAUGACUUCAAGACGAAACAAAUGGAUUACUAUUGGUAUUGGCAGAACUAUAUCAAAGAUCAUGGACUUGAAGAAGGUAUGAGCUCACUCCUUUUUGAAGGUGAAAAUUUAGAUUUUCAAAUCAAUUCAGGUACUUUGAAGAAUAAUAGAAUCCUUGAAGUCAACAAAAGUAUCGUUACUAAGAGACUUGGUAAAUAG